AGGCGUACUGGCUGCAGCUCCAGACCCUCCAUGUGCCAAGACCCAUGAUGACACCCAACAGCACUGAGCUGUCGGCCAUUCCCACGGGGGUUCUGGGGCUUUCCUUGGCCCUGGCAAGCCUCAUCGUCAUCGCCAACCUGCUCCUGGCCCUAGGCAUCGCCCUGGACCGCCAUUUGCGCAGCCCACCCGCUGGCUGCUUCUUCCUAAGCCUACUACUAGCCGGGCUGCUCACAGGGCUGGCACUGCCCAUGCUGCCUGGGCUAUGGAGCCGGAACCAUCAGGGCUACUGGUCCUGCCUCUUUCUCCACUUGACCCCCAACUUUUGUUUCCUUUCCCUGCUUGCCAAUCUGCUGCUGGUGCAUGGGGAACGUUACAUGGCAGUGUUGCAGCCACUCCGGCCCCAUGGGAGUGUGCGGCUAGCCCUGUUCCUCACCUGGGUCAGCCCCCUGUUCUUUGCCAGCCUGCCUGCUCUGGGCUGGAACCAUUGGAGCCCCGAUGCCAACUGCAGCUCCCAAGCUGUCUUCCCAGCCCCCUACCUCUACCUGGAAGUCUAUGGGCUCCUGUUGCCUGCCGUGGGGGCCACUGCCCUUCUCUCUGUUCGCGUGUUGGCCACUGCCCACUGCCAGCUGCGUGAGAUCCGCCGACUGGAGCGGGCAGUGUGCCGUGAUGUACCCUCAGCCCUGGCUCGGGCACUCACCUGGAGGCAGGCUAGGGCACAGGCAGGAGCCACACUGCUCUUCUUGCUGUGUUGGGGGCCCUAUGUGGCCACAUUGCUUCUGUCAGUCUUGGCCUAUGAGCGUCGCCCACCACUAGGGCCUGGAACUCUGUUAUCUCUCAUCUCAUUGGGCAGCGCCAGUGCUGCCGCUGUGCCUGUGGCCAUGGGGUUGGGUGAUCAGCGCUACACGGCCCCCUGGAGGACAGCUGCCCAAAGGUGGCUACAAGUGCUUCGAGGAAGAGCCAAGAGGGACAAUCCAGGCCCCAGUACUGCCUACCACACCAGUAGCCAAUGCAGCAUUGACCUGGACUUGAAUUAGGGAAGCAGCAGCUACUGCUGCCUCCUAGA